AUGUCCAUAGACGUCAACUGGAGGACUGCCACCUCUGGUCCAGACGGUGAGGCUCUGGCAGAGCGCAUUCGCUCUUUCAUUCACGACAGGUUCCAGCAGGUGGCCCUCCCUCGUUUCAUCCGAUCCGUCCAAGUCCAUUCUUUCGACUUCGGAACCAUUCCGCCCGACCUUGAGAUCAAGGACCUCUGCGAGCCUUUUGCCGAUUUCUACGAAGAAGACGAAGAUGAUGAGACGUCCGAGGUGUCGGAGGAGUACGUCUCCGACCACGGCAAUCAAUGGCACGGGCAUUCUGAUCUCAACGAAUCCCCAUUUCGAGACGACUUGAACCACCCGCUACGCGAUCCAUUCGAUGAUGACUACCAACCUUCGGCCCUGCGAUCACCAAUGCCCUUAGGCGACCAUCUGAAUCCUCAUUUCCUUCCCCGGGCCGGCACUCCUGGCAUUCCUGGCGGAACGUCAACAUUGGGCUAUCACCUCAUGUCCAUUGGUGGGCUGUCGGGGACACAAACCCCUCUUGCCGCGGUCGCCGGUGGAACUCCCUUCGCGAGCAACUGGACAGAACCUGGCAUGCGGCCUGGAAACAUUCAUCUUCCGUCAACUCCGACCCGUAUGCAUCACACCCGCCCGGACGCCGACAUUGAUUCUAGCAAUCCGGCCUCGCGCCCCUCGACGUCGAGUACCCACCCGUCUCAUCCGUCUGGGUCACAAAGAAAUAGCGGGGAUAGUACAAUGGGCAAAGACAACGGACCGCAUCGGCAUGCAGAGAAUGACGGUGCACAAGGCGAUCCUCUGCGACUUCCUCCUCGAAUGAGGGAGCGCAAGCCUGAAGAUUUCCAGGUUAUGUGUCACGCCAAAUAUGCGGGGGAUAUCCGGCUGUCGUUGACUGCGGAGAUCUUGCUUGAUUAUCCGAUGCCGAGCUUUGUGGGACUACCUCUGAAGCUCAACGUCACCGGUCUCACUUUCGACGGAGUUGCGGUCAUCGCCUACAUUCGAAAACGCGUUCACUUUUGCUUCCUAUCCGCCGAGGAUGCGGACGCCUUGAUAGGGUCUGAACAACAGGAGACCGGGGAUCAGAGCGACCAUGGCCGGACCGGGGCCGAUCCCUCCACGUCACCUAAACGCCAAGGGGGCCUUCUGCGAGAGAUUCGAGUCGAAAGCGAAAUCGGCCGCAAAGAAGAUGGAAAACAAGUCCUGAAGAAUGUCGGAAAAGUUGAACGGUUUGUUCUAGCUCAGGUGCGACGUAUCUUCGAGGAAGAACUUGUUUUCCCGAGCUUCUGGACAUUUCUCAUCUAG